AUGGAAGAUACCACAUCAGAUGCCACGCUCAUUCCACGACGAAAAGCCGCCAGAGCGGCUGCCGAGGCAGUUGCGAUCCAGGUAGCGGAAUCUGGCUCGGAACCCGACGUUGAGGCCUCGAAAGGGAAAAGACGCGCUGGUAAACAAUCUGGACGUAGUAAGAAGAAAGCCAAGAUGACAGAGGCCGCAGCGCCUAUUAAUGCGCCAUCCGAGCCUCUCAGUGGAAAUGCCACACCUAAGCCUCAACUUACGAUAUUGAAGGAGGCCACGUCUAUACACACGUCACCAAAACAUAAUGUUGUGGAUCUUGUUGAAGGCCCGUCGAAGGUGUCGUCCACCCAUCAAAGAAAACGGAGUGGACUGGAGGAUCUGUCCGACCUUACAGACCUUACCUCAAUGUCUUCGGAUGAACGCCCAACUAGCCCUGAGGAUGUUGUGUCGAAGGCUAAACGACUAGCGAAACCAUUUCCUUUUUAUGACUUCGAAGACACUAUGUAUGAGGAUACAACCUUGACUCCUACAAUUCCUAAAGCUUCAUCUUCAAAAUUAUCUAAACCUACCACUUCGAAGGCAUCGACUUCCAAAUCGUCAGCUCCAGGAAAGACUAGACCAAAGCCAACGCGAAAAAUUGUAUAUCAAGAUUUUAGCCUGGAUUCUUAUGUUUGGACUUUGGUGAACCCAGAGACACUAGAUGCUUAUGAGGACCGCCCUCAAGGCGAUGAGAAAGGGUUAUGGUGGCCGGGGAAGGUUCAAAGGUGUCGUACUAUCGAUACACCUCUUGAAGUCAGACUCUUCGGCAAAGAUACCAAAGUAGUGCAAAUAUUUUCUCCAACGAAAGUUAACACUAUACCCCAACCGAGCCCACUUACCAAAAUGAAGUUUAAGAAUCCAACUUACGUACCUUCUCAAAACACCUCAACGGGAGAAAAGGAGGCGCUAAAUUUGACACAAGACGACAUUAUAGAGCGGUGGCAAGGUGCAAUUCAGGACUUGAAGCGCGAUGCGGAUAUCAUCAUGAUCGACUCGGAUUCGAGUAGCAACGUCGAUAUCGCCUCAUUAUCAACUACGGACGACGACCUUCCGGAAUAUGUGUCACUUUCUCAUCCUGCCUCCCAAUCAUCUUCUGUACCGGCAAAACCUGUCACUUCCCAAGCUAGCUCAAAGGCUGCUCCCAAAAACAAAGGAAAGGGCAAAGAAAAGGCAAAACCAAAUACCCGUGACUGGCAGUAUCUCUCUGCGAACGAGCCUGAUAUGCUCUUGACUAUCCCUGGAGAACUUGUACUUGCCAAGGAGAAACUCCAAACAAAUAUCUACUGGCCAGCGAGAAUCGAAGAAUUCGUCCCAUCUGCCAAUCCAUCACGGGCCGGUAAAUACAAAGUGACCUGGGUGGAUAGCUCAUGUCAGGAAAUACCACGGGGAUGGUUUUAUACAUCCUCGCAAUCAGAAUUCGCGACAUGUCUUAUGGGCAAAUUUGAAAGCUUUUAUGUACACAAAGAGGAUGAUCCGGAUGAAGAUGAUUUGACACCACCUGAAGAAGAUAGAUCCCCUAGUCCUGUCCCUCUAGACCCACCUCCUUCACGGGAAGAUUUUAAGUUGCUUGAUAUACGCCAUCAGUUCACAUAUACUAAGGAAAUUCUUCGGGCCAUCAUGGAUGGAAGAUAUACACCUACAAGGGAGAAGCAUGACGACUUCGUCAAGGGUGGCAAGUGGCGAAAGAAUGUGGCAAAUUCAGCGGCAAUGUGGGGCUUGAUGGAUCCGAAGGAGGUCAAAGUUGUGGACAAGCUCGUGCGGAACUGGUGUCUGAGAGAUGACAAAGAAGAUGAAGUCAUGGAUAAUGUGUCCGAUAUAUCACCACAACCUAUCGUCCUCGACAGUGUACAAGACGUGACCCAAGUAGAAAAUAACGAAGCACCUGCUCCUCCCGAAGCGGAACUCGCGUUAGGCGAUAAUACCACUUCCGAUAUUCCGGCGGUGGGGACCCUCCCUUCUGGUAGCUCAGCGAAACCCCCUCCGACAUUUAUUGAGACAGUGCCCAAUGUGGCUGGCGAUAUCAAAUCCUCUGCUUCCAAAGAGGGGGAUGCUCAAUCACCACUGCCCGCUGAGGCGAUUGAACCUGACCCAACCUCUCCCGACUAUGUUUAUCCAGAUUCUGCUAUGCGUUUUGAACCUUCGCCUUUCCCCAGACCGUUGCAUUCUUCAUCUCCUUCCUCUAGCUCGUUGGCGGCUUUACUGCCCAAACCAUCCCACAUAGACAGUCUAGCAACAACAUCUGAGGCGCCGUCUUCUCCACCUCCUUCGAGUCUGGCACCGACAAUGGACACUGAAGAUGGUGACUACGAUAUUAAAUCUGAUUUGACCGCUAUGGCAGAGGACCAAAAACCAAUCGAAGCUGUAGCUACAGUUCCAAAGCAGCGCAACUUCGUCCCUUUCAAAUCUCUAACAAAGCUCAGUCAAAUUGAGUACUGCUCCACUAUCUUGGUGCCCGAGUCAGUUCGACAAAUUUUGCUCUGGCGCUCUGGCGAUCGCACACAAAUGGGCCUUCUUGGGUCAGAAGAGGAGCAAGUGUUGUACGACAAAGGAACGAAAUUGCUGUCAGAAAGGGAUUGGGUGUUCGACGUAAAACGCUUACGAGAGAGAGGGGCAAUGGCACCUCCCACAGCGAACGACCCCUGGCUCGCUGGGCGCCAUUUCGGUAUCGUCAUCGACGCUGGCUCGUCGGGAUCAAGGCUUCAAAUAUAUAGUUGGAGAGACCCAAGGACUAUUCAUGUCCAAAAGGGAAGUCAACUGGCGUACCAGCUACCGAAAGUAGAGAAGGGGACAAAAGAUAAUGACCUAUGGGUGACAAAGGUUGAACCAGGAUUGUCUUCUCUGGCAGAGAACCCGCAGGACGUUGGAACCUAUUUGCGGCCGUUGUUGAGCCACGCCCGAGAACACAUUCCCCCAUCUCUUCACCAGGAGACGCCCAUAUUCUUGCUGGCGACUGCGGGUAUGCGCCUUUUGACGCCAAAGAAACAGGCUGAAAUACUGUUGGAGACAUGUCGCUUUCUCGUUACCCAUUCAAACUUCAAAAUAGAGAGCCAGUCGGAUGCUGGUCCUUGUGGUGCGAGUGUACGAAUCAUUACUGGGGAAGAGGAAGGCCUUUUCGGGUGGAUAGCCGUCAAUUACCUUAUGGAUGGGUUUUCUGGCUUCAGUCAAAACAGAACAACCUAUGGAUUCCUUGACAUGGGAGGAGCGUCUACUCAAAUUGCAUUUGAGCCAAGUUUGGAGAAUCAAGCGAAAACGAAGAAUUUGGUGGAUGUCCGUCUACGGCUACUUGGAGGCGACGAGAUACACCAUAAAGUCUUUGUAACAACAUGGCUAGGCUACGGAACCAACCAGGCGAGAGAGCGCUAUGUCGGACAGGCCAUCACGGAAUAUGACACCCAAAGAGGACACGGAAACGACGACGACGAUGAUGAUGAUGAUGAAUACGACUUUGAUGAAAAGCAUCACCUGGUACCGGAUCCAUGUUUGCCGAAAAAUCUAGAAUUAAAAGAGCUGCCUGUGCAUACGACGGAUCCAGCGACAGCCCAUUUGAAAAAAUCCCACAAAAUGUUAGGCACCGGUUCUUUUGAGCAAUGCUUGAAAAAGACGGCGACCUUGCUAAACACUUCUACCCCGUGCCCUGAUACUCCCUGUUUAAUGAACGGUGUCCACGUUCCACCAAUAGAUUUUUCUGUUUCUCACUUUAUCGGGGUCUCAGAAUAUUGGUAUUCCUCGGAGCACAUAUUUGGCUUGGGCGGCGCGUAUGACUUCGUCCAAUACGAGCGUGCUGCCUCAGAAUUCUGUUCAAGGGAUUGGUCAGGCAUCCUUAAGGAGCAUGAAGAAUCACGAGCGCGUCACCGUCUCGGUGGAGACGGCGAAGUGAUACAAGAUGACAAAAUUGUAGAGGCUGGACAAUGGGGCCCUCAGGUGGAGCUACCUCGGCUUCAAAUGCAGUGCUUCAAGGCCGCCUGGAUUGUAAAUGUUCUUCAUGAGGGCAUCAAAAUGCCUCGCCUUGUGGACCCGGGAGGCAACGACACGACAGACGGUGAAAAAGUGGCUGAAGAAGCUGGGAAAAAGGGACUGGGACGACCGACAUUCCAAUCUUUGGAUAGCGUUGGCGACAUUGCUAUCAGUUGGACGCUUGGGAAGAUGGUUUUAGAAGCCAGUAAAGAAGUCCCACCUCUCGUAAAGACAUCCAAACCUUUGGUGGAUCCCAUUGAUGACAUUGAAGAUAUCGAGAACUUUCCUAUUCAACCCAUUCGGCCUCCAUUCCUUUCUUUGGGUGGCAUCGAAGAAAGGAUAUCACCUCACCUACCAUCAUCUUUGACCCGCCAUUCCCUUGGGUUUUCACCUGUUUUAUUUUUGUUUUAUGUCCUCAUUAUAUUCAUGGUAAUUGGGAUCGGCUAUCCCAUGCGCAGACAACUGCGUGCAUCCUGCCUACGCACGAUACACAAGGCUUCAAGGCGCGAUAGUUCUUACAACGAACUCAUGGAAGAAGGGAAAAUGAAUAGGCCUCCAUCACCAUCCUCAGCCAGCGGUAAAUGGAUGUAUCCUAUGAAGCAGUUAUUUUCGUCUCGCCGAAAACCAACCGCUCCCCUCUCAGUUGUUACUUCUAAUAAUCCAACUCUCCGCCACAUGAUGCCAAGCACGUCACGUACCUCUCCGACGAGAUCAUUUUCUCUUCCCAAUGGCAUUGCAGCUACAGCGAGUUCUACUCAAUAUGCUUCCCGUUCUCCCUCACCUCUACAAGGAUUCCCGGAUGACAGCAGCAUAUUGGGAACACCAUCGUCUCUCAUGACCUCACGUUCACGAAAUACGUCGCAGAUAAACCUGUCGACCAUGGCACCGCGGCCAGUUGCAAUCUCACGAGCGAAUAGUUCAUAUCAUAUCAAUGGAAAGGCGCAACUACAAUGA